UAAUCAGAUCGAAAAUUCUUAGUAGUCUCCAUGGAACUGUAGCAGCGGUUCCUAUAAACUCUGUUAACCGUUUCAAGCCAUGUUAAGUUCAAACUGAAAGGCGGGAAACCAUACCACUACGGACUGUUUUCAAAGGAUAUAAUUUCACAGGCUGCCCACACAAUUCCCACCAAAACUGAAAGCCAAUCCUUCAAUCUGCGAAAUGUAUUCAGCUGCAAAUUGUGAUUAAUAUGAGAAACUUUAUACUUCGCACCCCGGGGACGAAAAAAAAGCCGGACUCGCCCCCGCACUGGGGCCAGAACAAAUGUGGCACAAUUAAUCUUCAUGAAGUGGCGAAAUCAAAGACGCACUGCGAUGUGUCUUCGAGUUGGCUAAGACGAGAGCCUGGUAUAGAAGCCUCCAGGCUGGUAAGCCGACAACAUGUUGCUCGUGGGCCUUAAAUAUACUCUGCUACUGGCGAUUAGCGGCUGCCUCCUCCUGAUCCCAAUACACGGAGCUGGGACAGAAAGUGACCAGGAGGUGCCCCACCGCAUCUACCGGCUCCUCGACGGACUCUCUGGCGGACGCCGGCUCAGUGCCAGCUCCACAUUUGCACUGCUGCUCUCCCAGUUCCUGAUUAAACAGAAACUGCGCUACGAGGCCCCCACGCGUUAUGAACGGCAGCUCUAUUACCAUCUGCUGCACAGAAUGGAGCACAUCAGGAUGGGAUCGGGAUGGGUCCAGGAACCGGGGAUCCAAGGCGAGAUUCUUAGCAUGGCCUUCCAAAGGAACGUGUUGCUGUUGCCACCCUCGCUGAGAUUGGGCGAACUGGAUGCCAAUGGGGACUACGAACAGCUGGCUGAAAUCUAUUCAAAAGUCGUUAACGAGGGACAGCUUAAUAGGACGCAAUCGGAUCUCUGUAUGCGGGACAUCGUGCAGCUAAAGUUCCCGAACUGCAAGCUGCUUUCCGGAGAGUGUUUGGAGCUACUGACAAGUGAUGCCCCGGCAUAUGGAUACCAGAGGACCCACCAGGUCCUGCUCCUCUAUGUGCUGCAGCACCAGGUGUGUGCCCCACAUCUCAGUCCGCCACAGGUGUACGAACUGCUGGCCAGGAGUCAGUGCAACGAGGUGGAACGCGAGCAGAACGCCAUAAGGAGCCUGGGGCUGCCAGUCGCAUAUCGAGAUCUGUAUCUGGAGCAAGCCACCAUCUGCGGGUUGUUUGGCUACAAUGAGUUUGUCAACUGGCGCAACGUAAUGGAAAUUGGCAGCUGGCUGGAGGGGGAUUCGCUGAAGGAUAUAUUAGCAGAUGACAACGAUAGUCAGCAUAUAAGCGAUUUGGCCUUGGUCUUCUUCAUAAAUGCACUGCUGCUGCUGCAUUAAGUCCCAAUAUAUCGAAUCCCCCAACCCCAUAAUUGUUGCUUCUGCUUGAUAAGUUAAUAAAGUGCCGCUUAAUGCUUUUAUGGUUGUGUCGAUUUCAGCAAGUA